UGAAAAUCCUCUUUCUCCCAUAUUACAACAGCGAGUUUAUCUGGUUUGUUGCAGUUCUGCUGACAAAUAAUCUUAUUUCACUCCAAACCCAUCACACUCAUCAACAACCAACAAUUUCUUAUUUAUUUUCUAGCUCUGGGCUCGUUUGGUUUCUGUCUGUAAAUAUGGUGACAAGCAGCAUGUUACUGAGUGUCCUCUUUGUUUCAGAUUUUGCUUCACAUUUUGUUAAUCAUCUGGUUUGGGCUGCUUGUUCUGAGCCAGUAGCCCUCUUCAUCACUGCACCACAGAAGAUGGAAGCACUGAGUGGAUCUUGUUUGCAAAUCCCAUGUAACUUUAGAGCUAAAUCAGAACAAGACUUUGACAGCAGAAGAGAAACCUUCGGAGUGUGGAUUAAAAGUGACUACAGGUUUGGCAUCAAUUCAAACAAUGUGAUUUUCAACAGUCGUGGGAAAGUUAACACCUAUCCAAUGAGCAUUACUGGAAACCUGAGUGAGAAAAACUGCACCACUCUGUUUUCCAGUUUAAACACAAGUUAUACAAACACAUACUUCUUCAGAAUAGAGAACAAACCAUUUGUGGCAACAGCAUCUUGUGAUCCUCUUCAAAUAACAGUUAAAGAUUCUCCUCCGAGCCCCAGAAUUGAGAUCCCAGCUGAUCUGAAGGAGAAGCAGUCUGUCACUAUAACCUGCUCAGCUUCCACUCCCUGUCCACACUCCCCUCCUAAACUCACCUGGAACCUCCAACAAGACUCUCACAGCAACACAGAGGAAAACACAGAUCGAACCCUUACAACUAAAAUCCAGGAGACCAUCACUCUGUCAGACCAACAUGAUGGAUACAACAUCACCUGUUCUGCCAGAUAUCCUGUGAAUAAGGGAAAAGAUGUCAAGACAGCAGAGGAGAGAAAGACUCUCAGUGUUUCAUAUGCUCCUAAAGACACCUCAGUGUCCAUCAGUCCAUCAGGUUUGGUGUCAGCAGGUAGCUGGGUGACCCUGACCUGCUCCAGCAGAGCCAAGCCUCCCGUCAGCCGCUUCACCUGGUUCAAGAGCAGCACAGAUGGACCCAUGACUGUAUCUGAAGGAGAGGUUUACAGCUUCAAGGUGACCAAUGUCACUGAUGAAGGAGUUUAUUACUGUGUGGCCACAAAUAUUCUUGGUGAACAAACUUCAUUACAGAUUCGUUUGAAUAAUGCAGUUACAGAUUAUCCAGAGUUUGGGAUUGAUGUCUACAUUACAGUGAAGAUCCUGGGAAUUGUAAUGCUCUACAGUACAAUCAUCAUCUUUGAGUGGUGGUUUAGAUCAAGAUGCUGCAACAAACCAGUGAAGGUAAGCUGCUGGACAAGGACAGGACGCAGUAGAACCAGACUAUGUAAACAGAGUGAUUGAGAUUCAAGCAUCAUGAAGGAGAAGAGGGAGAUGUCAUGUUCUCCAUAAAUGCAAAAUGUCUCUUUCUUAAUCGUCUAAUUCUUAAAUAAUGGAUGGAUGAGUGUAAACAUGACUGAGUUUUUAAAUUUAUAAUAAAAAAACAAUAUACUGUAUAGUCAUCAUUUAUCAUUUUUAUUGUAUUGUUUUUAUUUGUAUUUAGUGCUUCAUGUGAGCUUUAUCUUUAGUAUCUUUUAUGUAUUCAUUUAUUGUUUUACUGUACAGCACGUUGUGUCCACUUGGAUUGUAAAGUGCUCUAUAAAUAAAUUUUGAUUGAUUGAUCAUUAGUUUGUAUAAGAUUCUUCUGGUAAUUAUUGUAAUUUGACUGAACUGUGUUUUCUUUGUCUUUAGAAAUAUAAAGAGAAAUAAAGUAUUUCAAUGUGUUUAAGGCUUCAAAGUCUGUUUUCCAUUAUGUAAUAAAAAAAUAGUGUUUUUGUGAAGCAG